AUGGCACCUCUCGAGGAUGGGCCAUCAUGUUCAUCCAGCAAAACAUCCCUCAGUGAUCUGAGAGAGCUGGAGACACUGACAAGAAGUAAGCAGGCUGAUAAACCGUCAGACCGAAAAUCUGGGGAGCCAGUGACAGAAGACACCCUUCUAGACGAGUUACGCCGCAAUAUCAUUACCGACAUCUCUGCAUUCAGAGAAGAAAUCAGCGGAGUCUCGGCCCGUCAACAUGAUACAGAGGUGACCACGGCAGGCCAUGAGACACGGCUUACAACACUAGAGCAGGAACUCUCCACGCUGAGGUGCGAACAGGCAAAGACACAACACCACAUGGCCACAAUGGAGGACUGGAGGCGGUGGAAGAAUGUAAAGGACCGCGGCCUUCCAGACACUAGCGCCAUGGCUGAAAUACCUCAACCGAUCCCGAGGCUUCUGACCCAAUUAUUCUCCGCCAAACAAGCCAAACUGCUGACACUGGAUGGCUCUUACAGACUCCCAGCUCCACCCGCAAGCGUUACAGGAGCGCACAGGGACGUCAUUAUUCGCUUCCAAAACGGUCCCGACAAACAGGUGUUCAUGACCGCCACCUGCAACAAGUCGUCCUACACCUUUGAAGAUCAUCAGCUGACAUUCUACCCGGAUCUCUCCAGAGACUGGAGAAGGUCCCUGAGAACCCUUACUGUAGUACUUACAAAAUACAAGGUGCCUCAUAGAUGGGGAGCACCAAGGAGCCUUCUGAUCCCGCAUGAAUCCGAGACAUUGAAAGUGCUGGAAGAUACAGAAAUACCCAACACUCUACAGAAACUCGGGCCGCCUGCUACCUCAGAGGGAUCACCGACCCCUGCUCCGGUCACACAGCCAUAUACCUGGGACCCCUCGAGAGUCCGCCCAUUUAUUCCUAACGUACUGCUGCUGUGCCCUGAACUGCCAAAGACCGCAAGCAGUGACUCUGUCCGGUUCCUGUUAUAG